AUUGCUCAUACUAAACAGGAGCGGGAGGCUAGAAUAAAUAAGCAGCUCCAGAACCCUGAACUGUCACCAUCUCCGUACGACACGGCAUGGGUUGCUAUGGUGCCCUUGCGGAAUUAUCCAAGGGCUCCAUGCUUCCCUCACUGCGUCGAAUGGAUAUUGCAAAACCAACAGGAUGAUGGUUCUUGGGGUAUUGGCGAAUUCAACUUGUCAGACAACAAGUCUAUUCUCUUAUCCACAUUGGCUUGUGUUAUUGCACUCAAGAAAUGGAAUGUUGGCCCGGAGCACAUCAAGAGAGGACUACAUUUUGUUGGAAAACAUUUCUCAUUCUCUAUGGAUGAGCAGAUUGCUGCUCCUAUAGGCUUCAAUAUUACUUUUCCUGGUAUGAUUAACCUAGCCAUUGGAAUGGGUUUGGAAUUUCCUGUUAGACAAACUGAUGUUGAUGAGAUUCUUAGCGUCCGGCAGAUGGAGUUGAAAAGAUUUUCUGGGGAUAAAUCCGAUGGGAGAGAAGCAUACAUGGCUUAUGUUGCCGAAGGGUUAGGAAACCUGGUGGACUGGAAUGAAGUUAUGAAGUUCCAGAGGAAGAAUGGAUCGUUGUUUAACUCUCCUUCCACUACUGCUGCUGCAUUAAUCUACCAUUAUGAUGAAAAAGCCCUCCAAUACCUAAUUUUUCUCGUUAGUAAAUUUGGUAGCGCAGUGCCAACAGUGUUCCCAACAAAUAUAUCUUGUCAGCUUUCAAUGGUGGAUUCACUUGAGAAGAUUGGAAUAUCUCGUCAUUUUUCUGGCGAGAUAAAGAGCAUCCUGGAUAUGACAUACAGUUUAUGGUUACAGAGAGAUGAGGAAAUCUUUCUGGACGUGGCAACAUGCGCAAUGGCGUUUCGUAUUUUACGGAUGAAUGGAUAUGACGUUUCCUCAGAUGAGUUGUCCCAUGUUGCUGAAGCCUCCACUUUCUGUAAUUCACUUCAAGGAUAUCUAGAUGAUACAAAAUCUUUAUUGGAACUAUACAAGGCUUCAAGAGUUAGUGUAUCAGAAAAUGAACUGAUCCUAGAUAACAUAGGCUGCUGGUCAGGCGGCCUGUUAUUGAAAAAGUUGUGUUCUGAUGGGGUUCAUAGAGAGCCAAUCUUUGGGGAGGUGGAGUAUGCUCUUAAUUUUCCCUUUUAUGCCACAAUGGAACGUCUAGACCACAGGAGGAACAUUGAACAUUUCAAUGUUAUGGGUUCUCAAAUGCUUAAGACAACAUACUUAAUCAGGCCAUGUCAUGUGUACAAAGACCAUCUUGCUUUGGCUAUUGAAGAUUUCACCUUUUCUCAGAUUAUUUACCAGAAUGAACUCAUGCAUCUUGAAAGUUGGCUGAAAGAGAACAGGCUGGAUCAACUACAAUUUGCACGGCAGAAGCUGACAUAUUGCUAUCUCUCUGCUUCUGCUACCAUAUUCCCCCCUGAACUAUCUGAUGCUCGGAUUACAUGGGCCAAAAUUUCUGUACUCACAAGUAUUUCUGAUGACUUCUUCGAUGUCGGUGGAUCAAGAGAAGAGUUAGAAAACCUUGUAGCCUUAGUUGAGAAGUGGGACAAGCACCAAGAACUUCAGUUUUACUCUGAGAGAGUAAAAAUAUUAUUUUGUGCUACAUAUACUACAGUAAAUCAGAUUGGGGAAAUGGCUUCUGCAGUACAAAACCGUGAUGUUAGGAAACACCUGAUAGAACUGUGGAUAGAUGCAUUGAGGUCUAUGAUGACUGAAGCAGAAUGGGCGAGGUGCAAAUAUUUGCCAACGACCAAUGAGUACAUGAAAAAUGCAAAUCUCUCCUACGUAUUGGGGCCUAUUGUGCUCCCGUCAUUGUACUUUGUCGGGCAAGAGCUUUUGGAGUCAGUUGUCAAAGAUCAAGAGUACAAUGAGUUAUUCAGGUUAAUGAGCACUAAUGGCCGUCUCCUGAAUGACAUCCAAACCAUUGAGAGGGAGGAUAGCCAGGGAAAAGUGAAUAGUGUUUCGCUACUUGUUCUUCAAAGUGGUGGUUCUAUGUCCACUGAAGCGGCUAAAAAGGUGAUACAGAGGUCUAUAGCCUCGUGUCGAAGAGAGUUGCUAAGGUUGGUUCUUAGGGAAGAUAGUGUUGUUCCUAGGCCAUGCAAGGAGCUGUUCUGGAAGAUGUGCAAGAUAAAUGAAUUGUUUUACUCUCACACUGAUGGGUAUAGCUCGUUAACAGAAAUGGUCGGCGCAGUGAACGCAGUUAUCUAUGAGCCUCUCAAACUCCAAAUCAGCAAUCCAUCUUCAGCUGUUAAAGCAGAGAAAUAAGGAUUUCUGGAAGGACCACGUACUUUCUUUGGAAAAAGGUGGAGCUGUCGAAGGAACUAAUAUUGCUUAUUGUUUAAACGUUUUCAAUAUGAAGCCUAAUGAUGAAGGAAUAUCGGUCUCUUUAUUUUCCGUGAUCAGUUAGUAGUUGAUAAGCUUUGCUAUAUCAACUUCUUGGCUAUUUUGUUUGAACUUUCAUAAACAUUUCCUGUAUGUUGCCAAUUCUAUAUGAAGCAGAGGCAGCAGUACCAAACUUUUCAUAUUGUAACCAUCCUGAUGUAAAGAUUGAUUAGGGUAGGUUCAAGGUCAAAGUGUACAUCAUGCCUACUUUCCUUUUAUGACUCGACUUGUGCCUGAGAAAUCUUAACACUUAUGUCUAACAUCCAAUCAAGACAAAACAACUGCUAGAAUAUAAUCCU